UGUUCGCCUCGGGCCAGACGCGAUUCAAUUUAGGACCGAUCGCCGUCGUAGCACGUACCGGCAACACUCAUAUCCAUAUCGCAUACGACUCCUUGUCCGACUUCGCAGGUCGCGUGCGGAAUCGAGACCCGACCGAGUCCAUACAUCACGGUCGUCAUGUCGUUGGCCGCGUACUGCGUGGCGUUCGCGUCCGCACUGGCGUUCGUGUCGGCAGCAGCGGACCCGGAAACGUCGGCACCCGGACGUCCGGCCACGCCGGCGCCCGGAUAUCCGGACGAGUCGCUCCAGUACCUGGACGAGUUGCACGAAGCGACCAGGUCGCACCACGACGACGUGAUGUUCCUGCGGAAGGUGAUGGAGGUGGACUAUCUGUGGUGGCCGAUCCUCAACGAGCCGGUCAAGGUCAGACGGCCGACCGUGCCGUACUUCGACCAGUACAAGGAACCGGCGCCCGUCGAGUACGUGGAGAACAGUGAGUUGCCGUUCGAGUUGAUCUCCACCAUGAUGACGGAGAACACGUUCACCGGCUCGGACGUCGCGCUCGUCAUGGACGCGUUCAAGUCCGCGAUGGCGUGUUCGGUGCUCAAGCACGUCUCUCUGCAGGCGCUCAUGCUGCACGUUCUGCUCACCGAGUUCAUCGAUACGAUACCGGACGACGAGCGUGUGAUGUUCAAAGGGUGGCUGGCGAACAUGGUCCAGGUGGCGGCGGACAAGCUGACCGCGAUGGACCACUCGCAGGACCCGGACCAGUCCAUCACCAGAGUUCGCGCGCUCCUCGUGGAGAUGCGACGUGCGCUGUCGGACAGCGCCGCGGCCGACAUGAUCGGCAAACUUCACGAAAUCGGCAUGGAGAUGUACGCCGAGAUCGAGAAGACGUGCGCCGUGCCCAAUGGAGAAAAAGGCCAUUACAGCGCGUUGGCCAACGACUUGAACAGAGAGAAGAGGGUCGAAGAGCUCAAGGCCCACCGGACGCAGCUCACCGAGAACAUGAGAGAAGCCGCCGAAGUGCAUAACGUCGACAUAAUGCACAAGUACAAAGGCGACAUAAUCAUCAGCACGGCCAUAACUGCAAAUGACAUUGCUGGCCUCAACGACGACACCAUGAAAAGAGCCACGGCCGCAAAUCACAUCCAAAUGAACUUUUUGUACUUGAACUUGCCCGUCCAGAUCUUGACCGAGUCCCAGUGGGUCACCAUAUCCAAAUCGAAAAUACCUAUGCUGCCGAGAGACCCUACUGCGGUCCCACAGUCUGUGUAGGACGGCGGCACUGUGUAAUUCGACAUUUGGUAUUUUAUAUGUUUUAUAUAAGCAGUUUACUUUUGUUUUUGAGAUGUUGUGCAUUUGAAAUUACUUGACAAUGUUACUCGAACUCGCGUAUUAUUAAUGCAUUAUAAGCAAUGUGAUAUUAUUCUCAUAACGUUUAUGUAUAUUUUUUCAAAUUCACCUAAUAUAAUAUUAUUAUAAAUACGAUUUCAAUACUAUUUUAACCGAAUAAAUAUGUUAUGUUUUUGAUUUAACACCUCAAGUCAGAUUUUUAAUUUAUUUCUGUAAAUGUAUCUUUUCAAAUUAUAUCCAAAAACUCUGUUUUGUUUUUUUCCACUAGUGUUUCACCUACCUUGCAGUGCGUCUUAUAUUAUAAUAUUACGUUCACAUUUUUCAUUAAAUUAUCUAUUUAAUGUUUACUGUUUAGGUAGUAAUUAUAUUGGAUUUAUUAACUAAAAUUAUUGAAAUAUUUUUAAC